CCACCCGGCACCGAAAAAUUUCCCUCUUUCUGACUCUCUCUCUCUCCAACAGCACCGCUGGUCGUCGUCGGCGAUUUCGGAAGCCAUGUUUUUCCACAUAGUUUUGGAGCGAAACAUGCAGCUCCACCCCCGCCACUUCGGCCGCGACCUCCGAGAAAAGCUCAUCGCCAAGCUCAUGAAAGACGUUGAAGGCACUUGCAGUGGCCGACACGGGUUCGUGGUGGCGAUUACUGGUAUCGAGAGCGUCGGGAAAGGGCUAAUUCGAGACGGCACCGGGUUCGUUACCUUCCCUGUGAAGUACCAGUGCGUUGUCUUCCGACCAUUCAAAGGAGAGAUCUUAGAAGCUGUUGUUACCAUGGUUAAUAAGAUGGGAUUUUUCGCUGAAGCAGGGCCAGUUCAAAUUUUUGUGUCAAAUCAUUUGAUACCCGAUGAUAUGGAGUUCCAAUCUGGAGAUAUGCCUAACUACACAACUUCAGAUAGAUCAGUCAAGAUUGAAAAGGAAAGUGAAGUACGGCUAAAGAUUAUUGGCACUCGGGUGGAUGCUACAGAGAUUUUCUGCAUUGGUACAAUAAAGGACGACUUCUUGGGUGUGAUCAGUGAUCCAAGCGCUGCUGCUUAAUAGCUCAAUUUGCUUUUAAGAAAUCAGACUGUUUCAAAGUGUGAACUAUUUUGUGUUUCCUUAAAAUUCCUCCUUCCCAAGAAAACACGUGUGCUCCAUUUUCAUGUGCGAGUAUGACUCUCAAGGAUUGUUCUGCCAUUGUUGGGCAGAUUUACAUGGUAAUGGGAGGAGGAAGAAUUCAGAUAGUGCUAUUAUUUGUAUGUAACAUGAAGCAUGUGCAGAAUCGAGAGUGUGUCACUAGAUUUGUCUGUGGCAGUGGGUUAUUUAUGCUUGGUAUGAAAAAUUAGUAAGUUCUAGAGAAAGGUGAAAGAUGUCCUUGGUUCUUUCUAACUUGGACAAUUUUGUUGGAGUUCCAAUUCAAUAUCACCAAUUUUCACUA